AUGUGCAGGGUGUUUCCCACGACCCUGAGGGGUCCAGCCCGCACAUGGUACGACGGCCUGAAGACCGGAACGAUCAGUUCCUUCGGCCAGCUCGCCAAGGACUUCGAGCUCCACUUCGCAGCCCAUGCCCGGCCGAAGCCCUCCGCGGCACUACUCCUCGGAUUCAAACAAAGAGAGGACGAGCCCCUCUCACAUUUCAUGGAUCGCUUUGCCACGCAAAUCCGGAGCUUACCGGACACUCACCCCUCUCUGUUAGUGCAGGCGUUCAUGGUAGGCUUGCGACCUUCCAGAUUCUGCUGGUCCCUCGUAGAGCGACCCCCCACCACAAUACUAGAUAUGCUCCAGCGAGCCAACCGGUACGUCACGGCGGAAGCUUGGGUGACCGCAAGGAAGAGGAGUGACUCUGGGCGACAGGCCCCGUAG